AAACCGGGACACUGGACGAGGAGUCAUCACCUUACCAACACGCGACCUGCAUUUGCACGUGAAGUGUCCAUAGUGUUUGUACAACACCCGCCAGAACAGGUGAGGUUAGCUCAGUGUUCACAUAUGUAUGGUGAACGUCUGAAUACGCGACUCUCUUCCUCUGACACGCUCUUGGCAUUAACCGGUCUGUUGUCCAUCAAAAUGGUGAGUGCUUUUUGCCUCCACCUUUCCAUCUCGAUUUGCGCUUUUCCUUUUUAGGAACUUUGUUUUGGUUUGAUACUUCUAGGCGGCGGCUCUCGCCACUUGCUUGCGCCAGGCAUCAGCCUAACACUUAUACAAACUAACCCAACCACCAUUUUUGAUGGAAACACACACUUGAUUGCUGACUGCGCACGAACCGACGGAGCGCAUUCCUUUAAACCCUUGAACUCUCUUGAAAUCCCGCAUAUUUUCGUCUAUCUCACUUGUACUCCAAUCUUCGUAAUCGUAAUUGCGUCCGUUGUUGACGGCAAAAUGCAACAGUCUCAGCUGGACCCUCUUCCUUCAGAUCUUCCUUUCCGCAUCAUCUCCAAGACCAUCGGACGGGGAGCAUACGCCUCAAUAAAAAAGGCGAUACCCCUCGACGCACCGUCACCGGUAUUUGCCGUCAAGCUCAUCCACAAGGAGUAUGCCGUAAGACAUGGCAGGAUAUCGGCGAAGCAGAUUGCCAUGGAGGUAUCGCUACACUCACAUAUUGGCCAGCAUCCAAACGUGAUUGAGUGGUUCGCUACUGGCGAAGACAGGAUCUGGAGAUGGAUUGCCAUGGAGUAUGCUGAAGGAGGUGACCUUUUCGACAAGAUUGAGGCAGAUGUUGGCCUGGAGGAGGAUAUUGCUCACCUCUACUUUCAGCAACUGAUCAGCGGCGUCAGUUUUAUGCAUUCAAAGGGCGUUGCCCAUCGCGACCUCAAACCCGAGAACAUCCUCCUUUCCGAGAGCGGCAUCCUGAAAAUCGCAGACUUUGGUAUGGCCACCAUGUUCGAAUACAAGGGUGCACGAAAACAAAGUUCGACCAUGUGCGGGAGCCCGCCUUACAUCGCUCCGGAGGUUUUACAUUGUGCGAGGCAGAGGGAACGAAGGGCACCAUCGUCCGAGCAGACCAAGUACUCGGCCGAUCUUGUCGAUAUCUGGUCCUGCGGCGUCAUUCUCUUCGUCCUCCUGGUCGGCAACACCCCCUGGGAUGAGCCUACUCCCGGUAACUGGGAGUUCAAAGAAUAUGUCCGCACAAGCGGCCGGAGCACCGACCCGCUCUGGCAACGGGUGCCCUCUGACGCCCUCUCGCUCCUCCGGGGCAUGAUGAACAUCGAAGCCAACAAACGCUUCUCCUUCACCCAGAUCCGCCAACACCCCUGGUACACGCGGCACAACCCGCUGCUGAACGCUGAAGGCAUGGUUAUUGACCCCAUCGCGCUCGCUGCCCAAAUGCUCGCCCGUCUCCGCAUCGACCUUCGCGCCGCCGUCUUCCAACCGCCACCGGCUUCCCAGCCCGACUCCGCCAUCGAAAGCGACUGGUCCAGCAAGGUUCUGUCCGCAACGCAACCCGAGACCCCGAUAAACGACGCCCUCUUCGACUGGGAACGCCCUGCGCCCCGGACGCUCGGCUCCUGCGCCAUCUCUUCAACCCAGCCGGUCGCGCGUAACGACGCCGCGGCCGUCAACCUGACCGCCACCACUCCCCGCACAACCAUGACAACCAUGAUGACCCCCAACAGCAUCCCCAGCAGUACCGCUUCCAAGAAUAAAAUCCCCUACUCCUCGGCCCUCGAAGCCCUAGCCGACGAGCCCACCAUGAGCCAGUUCUCUGCCGUGCCCGGCGUGCCGCUUUCCCUGACGCAACAUGCCCGCCGCUUCCGCGACAUCGUCCCCUCAUACUCGCUUACGCGCUUCUUCUCGCACGUGCCACCCGCUCUGCUGGUACAAAUGCUCCGCGACGCGCUGCACCAGCUCAAUGUACCGCUGCCGUCGACAUCACCCAAUACCUCCUUUGAGGGUGAUGUAGAUCAUAUUGUCACGCUCAAGAUCAAGACGGUUGAUGGGCGCAGGCAGAGCUUGCAUGGUGAUAUAUUGGUUGAUCGGUAUCAUUUGGUUUACGGGAAUGGGACGUCGUCGAUGCAGUAUGGUGGGAUGAACGUCGAUGAGGAGGAGGAAUUGCCGGAGUUGUUGGAGGUGAGGUUUGUCAAGAUCAAGGGGGAUCCGUUGGAGUGGAGGAGGUUCUUCAAGAAGGUAGCUGUGCUUUGUCGGGAUGGCAUUUGGAAUAAUAAUGACUGAGAGAGAGAGAGACUAGAAUGUUUGUGGUGGUGGUGGGAGACUAAAAGUUAUGAGCUAGGAGAGAGAAAAGCUUUCUGGAUGAUGGGGGUUUGGGUACCUACCUACUUAGGCUUCUGGAUUCCGCUGGAUUGGAAGUGGUUCUUGCAUUACAAACUUCUUUGCUUGGUGUUGUGGUAUCCUAACAUAUUCCUUGGCAUGUUCGGCGUUUUGUACAUAGGUAUGGAAGAAGUAGAGAGGUGGAGAAUACUGACGUCCCCCCCCCCCCCCUUAAUCAAGGACUUUCAUAGGUAGGCAGAGGACAACUUUGAUGAUAGGCUACGGUCUCGCUAAGUAACUUGGUCAUGCAAAAAUACUGUUCAGUCC